AACGCUAGAUGUCACAAUAAAAUGUCAAAUUGAUUUACCUAUCUUCUAUCAAUUUUAUAAUCAAUGAUGAAAAAUGUCAAGUGUUUAAUUGUACAAUCUGGCAGCUCAAUUUUAAGGAUUUAAAAUGACUUCUGUUGACUGGGAUGAAAUUAAAAGAUUAGCAGCUGAUUUUCAAAAAGCACAAUUAAGUUCUACACUACAAAAGUUAUCAGAACGCAAUUGUGUAGAAAUUGUAACAAAGUUAAUUGAGAAUAAAUUGUUAGAUGUAAUAUUUACUAAUGAUGGUAAAGAAUAUGUCACACCUCAAUAUCUUGGCAAGGAAAUUAAAGAUGAAUUGUAUAUUCAUGGUGGAAGAAUCAAUUUAGUUGAUUUAUCUCAAAUUCUUAAUGUUAAUUUGUCUCAAAUAUCUAAAGUAGCAAAUGAUUUAGAAAGACAUAAUAAAGGACUAAAAAUAAUACUUGGACAACUUAUUGAUAAAACUUAUACAAAUAAAAUUGCUGAGGAAAUCAAUGACAAAUUAAUCCAACAUGGAUUUAUUAAUGUGUCAGAGUUAACAAUUCAUUAUGAUUUACCAGCUGACUUCUUACAAUCAAUAAUUGAAAAAGAAUUAGGAAAAACUAUAUAUGGCAAACAAGACACUCAAGACACAAGAGUUUUUUAUACAGAAAGUUUUAUAGCAAGAAAUAGAGCAAAAAUAAGAGGUGCCUUAUCUGCAAUUACAAAGCCUACACCAUUAUCAGCAAUUUUAGGACAAUGUUCUGUUUCUGAAAGAAUAUUUUUUUCAAUUUUAGAUAGCUUACAAGAAAUGAAACAAAUUCCUGGUAUUGUAGCAGGAAAACAAGGAACAAAUAGUCUUUAUAUACCAACUAUAUAUUCAAAGAGUCAAAAUGAAUGGGUAGAUAAUUUUUACAAACAAAAUGGUUAUUUAGAAUAUGAUGCUCUUAUUCGUCUUGGAAUAUCAGAUCCACCAAAUUUUAUUAAACGUCAUUUUCCAAAUGAAAAUAUAAUUUUCUUAGAUUCUGUUGCUGUGGGUACAGGUAUUAGAGAUCAAAUAGAUUCAAAUAUUGAAGAAGCUAUUGCAACUGGAUCUUUUGUUGAUAUAAGUCCUCUUUUACCAUCUGUAUUUUCUGACAAAGAUAUGGAAAUGCUUCUUAAAAUCGCAGAGAAAAAAAUAAACAACAAUACGUAUGUAUUUGCAAAAACUGUAGUUAUGUCUGAUGUAUUUCUACAAUCUUUAAAUAAAUCAUUCGAAGCAAUGGCAGAAGCAAAAGCUAGAGAAGCAGUAGCUAGUGGACAAUGGUUUCAAACAAUAGCAGAAAAUAAAAUUAAAUCUAAAUCAGCAGAUUUAAUAUUUGAAAGCAAAGGAAACAAAAAAGAGGAACGUCGAAAAAAAGCUGCAACUGGUAAAGCAGGUGGUGGUAAUCAAGGAAGAGAGACAAAAACCAAAUCUACUAAAAAAAAAUACUUACAAGGAAAAAUUCGCGACAAUGAAUCCGACGAUGAAAAUAUAAAAGUUGUUUCAACAAAAAUUGAACUUAAAUUAGUUCAUUUAGACGACAUUAAAAAUGAAAUUGCUAAAGAUGAUAAUUUAACGAUAAUUGAUGAUUUAGUAGAUGAAUUAGCAUUAUAUUUAGAACAAAAAAUAAAUAACUAUGCUAUAUCCAUUGCAGAUCAAUUAGCACAAAAUAAUAAAACUACUAACUUAAGUGAAAUUGAGGAACGUUUAAAUAUUUUAAUAACAAAUAUUAAAAUAUUUGAUAAAGGUAUUAAACAUAUGGAUAAAACAGAUCAACCUGCUUUAACAAAAUAUUUAUUAAAAUCUCUUGUAACUGAUUUUAUAAACGAAUUAUUUAAAUUAGCCGCGCAACAAAAUAUGCUUCAAUUUCCUCAGAAUAUUACCACUGAAAUAAGACAAAAAAUAUUACUUGACUUACCAGAAGAUGUAAAAGAACCUUUAAAUAAUAUACAUAAAUCUAUCACUGGAAAUUCUAUAGAUGAUUUUUUAAAUUUUGUAGAUGCAGCAAUGGCAACUUGUUGUUUAGUAUUAAAAAAAUAUGAUAAAAAGAAAGAAAGACCAUUUAUUUUAGGCCAUAGAGAAGCCUUAUUAGAAGAACUUAAUGGUACUCAAGAUCCUGCAUUAGCAUUACAUCUAGUUACAAGCAUAUUGUUUACUGCAGCAACUCAAAGUGUUUUACAUAUGUCUGGAAGACAUGUAUCUACAGUACUUUCAUUUCUUCAAACACAAUUACAACUUUCAACAAUGAAAAUAUUAUUUAAAUAUCAUGAUAUGGUAUUAAAAAAUUUAACUUCUUCAGAUGAAGAAAUAAAACUUGCUAUUCAGAAGGAUUUAGAAGUUGGAUUGAUGGAAAUAAAAAAUAUUGCAAUUAAUUAUAAACAACAUUUAAAAAAUGAUAAACUACAAGAACAGUGAAUAAAAACACAAUUGUAUAUAAAUAUAAAUAUUAUUAAUUUGUAUAAAAAUAUAUUCAACAAUUUUAUAUUGUUUUGCAAAUUAUGAUAUUUGCAAUAAAUUGCAAUAAAUUGUUAAAAAAAUUAAAAAAAGAAUAAUUGG